AUGAAGUUAGACGUCAAGCGCCAGCUCUAUGCUCGCAGCGAGCGAGUCAAGGGCAUUGACUUUCAUCCUCAUGAACCAUGGAUCCUCACAACCCUCUACAGCGGCCACGUCUACAUCUGGUCCUACGAGACCCAGCAGAUCGUCAAGACGUUCGAGCUCACCGAUGUCCCCGUUCGCGCCGGUCGAUUCGUCGCCAGGAAAAACUGGAUUGUCUGCGGUUCCGAUGACUUCCAACUGCGUGUCUACAACUACAACACCUCCGAGAAGAUCACUUCGUUCGAGGCGCACCCCGACUACAUCCGAGCGAUUGCGAUUCACCCCACUCAGCCAUUUGUCCUGACUGCCUCAGAUGACAUGACCAUUAAGCUGUGGGACUGGGAGAAGGGUUGGAAGUGUGUUCAGGUCUUUGAGGGUCAUGGUCACUACGUCAUGGGUCUUGCCAUCAACCCCAAGGACACAAACACCUUUGCUUCUGCCUGUCUCGACCGGACAGUCAAGAUCUGGAGCCUCGGUUCCUCCACUCCCAACUUUACCCUUGAGGCUCACGAGACAAAGGGAGUGAACCAUGUCGAUUACUAUCCUCAUUCCGACAAGCCCUAUCUCCUUACCACCUCGGACGACCGAACCGUCAAGAUUUGGGAUUACACCACCAAGUCUCUGAUUGCUACCCUCGAGGGCCACACCAACAACGUCUCGUUUGCCUGCUACCACCCCGAACUGCCCGUCAUCAUUUCCGGCUCCGAGGACGGCACGAUAAGGAUAUGGCACGCCAACACCUACCGAUUCGAGCAGUCGCUCAACUACAGCCUGGAGCGAGCUUGGUGUGUCUCGUAUCAGAAGGGCAAGCAGGGUGUUGCUGUGGGUUUCGACGAUGGUGCGGUUGUUGUCAAGCUUGGUCGUGAGGAGCCUGCUGUGUCUAUGGAUGCUUCCGGCAAGCUUAUCUGGGCUCGCCACAACGAGGUUGUCUCUGCCAUCAUCAAGGGAGGAGAUGCCUCUAUCAAGGACAACGAGCCCAUCUCCCUCCCCACCAAGGAUCUCGGUACCUGCGAAGUGUACCCCCAAACACUCAUCCACUCCCCCAACGGCCGCUUCGUUGCUGUGUGCGGUGAUGGCGAGUACAUCAUCUACACUGCCCUCGCUUGGCGAAACAAGGCCUUUGGCUCUGCUCUCGACUUUGUCUGGGCAUCCAAGGAGAACAGCAACGACUUUGCUAUCCGCGAGUCUGCCAUGAGCGUCAAGAUCUUCAAGAACUUUGUCGAGAAGAGCGGCGGUCUUGAUGUCGGCUUCCAGGCUGAGAGACUCCACGGUGGUGUUCUUCUUGGUGUCACCGGCCAGGGUGGCGUGUCCUUCUUUGACUGGGCGACUGGUGGCCUUGUGCGAAGAAUUGAGGUUGAGCCCAAGCAGGUCUACUGGUCCGAUAGCGGAGAGCUGGUGACGAUUGCCUGCGAGGAUACCUUUUACGUGCUGCGCUUCUCUCGAGAGAACUACGUCGAGGCCGUGCAAGCCGGUCUUGUCGAGGAGGAUGGUGUCGAGGCGGCCUUUGAGGUUAUCACUGACAUUAGCGAAACCGUACGAACUGGCGAGUGGAUUGGCGACUGCUUCAUCUACACAAACAGCACCAACCGACUCAACUACCUCGUCGGUGACCAGACCUACACCGUCUCCCACUUUGACAAGCCCAUGUACAUCCUGGGCUACAUCCAGCGCGACUCCCGAAUCUACCUCGCUGACAAGGAUGUCGGUGUUACCUCGUUUGGCCUGUCUCUUCCUGUGCUCGAGUACCAGACUCUUGUCCUCCGAGAGGAUAUGGAGACGGCUGCUGAGCUGCUACCGACGAUUCCCGAAGACCAGCUCAACAAGAUCGCGCGAUUCCUAGAAGGCCAGGGCCACAAGGAGCUUGCUCUGGAGGUGGCGACUGACCCUGAGCACAAGUUUGAGCUUGCUCUUGCUCUCAACGAGCUCGCCAUUGCGCUUGAGCUUGCUCGUGAGGCCGAUGCCGACCACAAGUGGAAGACUGUUGGAGAUGCUGCUCUGGCAGCUUGGGACGUUGCUCUCGCUGCCGAGUGCUUCACCCACGCCAAGGACCUUGGCUCUCUGCUGCUUCUGCACUCGUCAACAGGUGACCGUGAUGGCCUCACUGCUCUGGCCACUCAGGCGGAAGAGGCUGGCGCGCACAACGUCGCCUUCUCAUGCCGCUGGCUGCUCGGUGAUAUCGAGGCCUGCACUCAGAUUCUCACCAAGACCGGCCGACUUGCCGAGGCCGUUCUCUUCUCGCAAACCUACCAGCCCAGCCUUACUGUACCUGUGGUGAAGGAGUGGCAGGAGAAUCUGGAGAAGAACAAGAAGGGACGGGUAGCCAAGCUGAUCGGCGUGCCCGGAGAGGACGAGGAUCUCUUCCCCGAGUGGGAGGAGUGGUUGAAGCUGGAGAACGGCGCUGAGACAAAGGAGGGCGUUAAUGGUGAGGAUGCCGAGGAGGAGGAGACGGAUUCGGACGACGAGGAUGACGAGUAG